AUGAGCUGUCUGUACUCUGUAAGCCUGUUUAAAUCAUGUUUCAUCAUGUCCGUGGUGGUUGCUAACAAGCACGGCUGGGUAGUAGACGCAUGCUCUCUCAUUGAUCAGUGGUAUUCACGUUGCAUCCAAAUUAAGAAGACACACAAGUCAGAUAUGAAGUGUCGUUAUAAGAGACAGUGUUUUCAGAUUUCAAAAAGCCAUUUUGAUGUAAAAGUCGAUGCUGCUGUUGAAGGAGAAAACUCGGAGAGGUUGCAGAAAACAGACAAGCCACCAAAGAAAAGAAAACGUAAACACAGUGAGCUCAACCAGGGCGAGGUGGAUUUACAGGCCUUUCAUGAGAAGAUCAGAUCUGUGAUCCUUGAUGGGACCAAGUCAUUGGUGGAUUCUGCUCGUGUCCUGGGACAUCUAAACGGAGCGACAGACCUGGUGAAGGAGCCUCUUCCUUCUCAUGAAUGCAGCCUUGUUGCUCUCUGUGAAAUGGCCAAAGAGCUCCCUCUAGUGGACAAUGAGGAUGAGGAGCAGGAGGUUUGUGUUCAGUCACUUGUGGCUGAAGAUGGCUGUUCAUCACAUGUGGAUCUGUUCUCCAGGGUUACAGAAAACAGGGAUGAAAGCGCCAUAGUGGUUAAACUUAUGGGAGACGAAUAUGUCAUACCACCGCGCACAGCAUUCCUGCUUUCUGAUUUCACAAGAAUACGACCUCUAAUCCACUAUGGGAACAAGUUUGACUUGAUCGUUAUUGAUCCACCGUGGGAAAACAAGUCUGUGAAGAGGAGUCGCCGAUACAGUUCCCUGCCCUCGACCCAGCUGAAACGUCUCCCUGUACCUCUACUGGCCUCGCCCAAUUGUUUGGUCGUCACCUGGGUAACAAAUCGGCCAAGCCACCUGCGUUUUGUGCGUGAUGAGCUGUAUCCCCACUGGGGGGUAGAAGUAAAAGCUGAAUGGUUCUGGGUUAAGGUCACCACAUCAGGACAGUUUGUGUUUCCACUUGAUUCACAUCACAAGAAACCGUACGAGGUGCUGGUGCUGGGCCGAUAUCCUUCGCCUGGAGAUAAAUGCACAAGUUCAUCAGAGACAUCUGCAGUUCCUGUGGAGGACCAGCGUUUGAUUGUCAGCGUCCCAUCAGCUUUACACUCCCAGAAGCCCUCACUCUCAGAGGUGUUGAAGCCUUACAUUGGAUCUGAGGCCAAAUGCUUGGAGCUGUUUGCCCGAAAUCUUCAGCCUGGAUGGACAAGCUGGGGCAACGAGGUUCUCAAAUUUCAGCACAGAAGCUAUUUCACUUUGACAGGUACUGAUGAGCCAACAAGGUUUCAUCGAGAUGAGACCCAACAUCUCCCUGCUUCUGACUAAGACUGUGAGGUGAUCAUGGACUUUUAGACCUUGUCAGUAUUUCAGUAAAUUUUUAAAAUGAAGAUUCAAUAUCAAAUUCUCCUCACCAGACAUGUUUGAUCUCUUCUCAUGUUUUUAGGACCUUUGAUUUCUAUUUUUAGGUCUGGCUACAUGUAUUAGGUAUUGAAUCAUGGGUCUGAUGAUGCGCAUGGAGAGAUGAAAGUGCAUUUCUUCAGCUAUGUUUUUAACAGCUUGGGCUGUAGUCAGAUAAACAACACUCAAGGUUUUUGGAGUGAUCUUUGACACAGUAUGUCUUAAGGAAAAUCAAAGUGUUUCUAUUUUUACUUGUUUUAUUUGAGCUGAAUGUCAAAAUGAGUCCCAACUAAAAUAAAAGAAGCAUUUUCACAUUGAA